AUGGCUGAAGACACCACUAAUACCCACGUCACUCGGGCAAUCAAAUCGCACAAAGCAGAUCUCAGGAAGGAGAGGAAAGCGAAGAGGAAGAUACGCCUAGACGCAGAGCACAACAUCCACGUCGCUCGGAAGAGAGAACCCAAGACUUUGCGCCCGCAACAAACGAUCAGCCAGUCCUUCUCAAACUCGAAGCCGAUCAAACACGUCGCGGCCAAAAAGACCCCUAGCAUAAUUGGAACUGAUCGCGAGGUGUUCGCUGAGGUGGUUAACGACUCCUCGUCAGUCACCCUCAGCUCCAACGCUAUGGCGUCGACAACCUCGCCCGCGACGAUUGUCGGGGGCCCCAACGAUGACUACAAGGAGAACGACCAAGUCUCUCACAUCAUGAUGUGCCCCGACUGCAAAGAGUUCCCGCCAAACCUUACUGAGGAGUUCAGCAGCGGCGACAUGGUUUGCGCAACCUGUGGACUUGUUGUUGGAGACAAAAUCGUUGACACGCGAUCUGAGUGGCGCACGUUUGCCAAUGACGACACGAACAACGAUGACCCGUCCCGUGUCGGUGAUGUGGGCAACCCUCUCUUCGAGGACACUGUCGCGACCUUGCAGACUACGAUUGGCAGCGAGGGCAGCAACUCGUUCCACUUGAUGAAGACGCAGCAGAAGACGGUUGAGAAGGGAGCGAAGAACCUCAAGGAAGGGUUCUCGCAAAUCAAGACUCUGACUGAUGCUCUUCAAGUCGGAAACAACGUUUCGCGACACAGCGAUGCACAUCUUCAAGCGUAUGUACAUGAUUCCUUCGCUUUGGCCGACGAGAAGAAAUUCUUGAAGGGCAAGCCCCAGGAAGCUGUCAUUGCCGGAUGCAUCUUCGUUGCGUGCCGUCAAGGCGGUGUCGCCAGAACCUUCCGAGAGAUUUUCAACCUUACCCGCGUGUCCAAGAAGGAGAUCGGUCGGGUGUUCAAGCUACUCGAGAAGUUCCUGGUGGAUAUCCAAAACGAAGGCGACAAGGUUGGCCACAGCGCUGUGUCUACCGUCAGCGGUUUCGAGCAGCGAGGUUCGACUAAUGCUGAGGAUCUUGUACGCCGAUACGUGUCCCAGUUGGGUGUGCGCAACCAGUCCGAGGUCGAAUCUGUCGGCAUGCUUAUCGCAAAGAAGACCGGCCAGGUUAGUACCCUGGCUGGACGGUCUCCCUUGUCGGUCGCGGCGGCCUGCAUCUUCAUGGCCACCCACUACUUGGGUGAGGCGAAGACAUCCAAAGACAUCGCCGUGGUGGCCGGUGUGAGUGACGGUACGAUCAAGACCGCCUACAAGUACCUCUACGCCGAGAAGGAGUCCUUGCUUGACGCGGAGGCUUUCCAGAAGAGCCGGGGCCGUGGUAAGAUCGAGAGGCUGCCUUCUGCAUAG